CUUCCCAGGGCUAGAGCGGAAAAGAAACAGGAAGUAGGUUGUAAACCAAAGAAUGUGUGUUAAUGGAUGAAACUCGGAGCUGCGGACAGUUUGAGUUGAUUUUUCCGCCAUGAGAAGAGUCACUCUGUUCGUUAACGGAACCUCCUCUAACGGAAAGGUGGUGGCCGUGUACGGGUCCCUGGAGGACCUGCUGUCUGCGGCCAGCUCCAAACUGGGAAUAAGAGCCUCUAGUGUUUAUAACGGGAACGGCGGCCUCAUAGAUGACAUCACGUUAAUCAGAGAUGAUGACGUGCUCUACGUAUCAGAGGGAGAUUCAAUCGAAGACCCUCAGGACGACCUCCCAGGCCCUGAGAAGGAUCAGACUCACACUGAUUGGCUGACGCUCAACGUCGGUGGACGCUGCUUCACCACCACCAGGAGCACGCUGGUCAGCAAGGAGCCAGAGAGCAUGUUGGCCCACAUGUUCAGAGACAAAGACGUGUGGGGGAACAAGCAGGACUCUCAGGGGGCGUACCUGAUAGACCGCAGUCCGGACUACUUUGAACCCAUCCUGAAUUAUCUGAGACACGGACAGCUCAUCAUCAACGAAGGCAUCAACCCUCUGGGUGUUCUGGAAGAGGCUCGAUUCUUUGGUAUCGAACAGCUGGCCGAGCAGCUGGAGACGCUCAUAAAGUCCUCUCAGCCUCCUGAUGACCACUCGCCUCUGAGCCGCAAGGAGUUCAUCAGGUACCUGCUGGCGACGACGACCAAGUCAGAGCUGCGGUGUCAGGGUCUGAACUUCACCGGGGCAGAUCUGUCUCGGCUGGAUCUGCGCUACAUCAACUUCAAGAUGGCCAACCUGAGAGGAGCCAACCUGACCCACGCCAACCUGAGCGGGGCCAACCUGGAGAGAGCAGACCUGUCCAUGGCCUGUCUCGAUGCAGCCAACCUUCAGGGUGUGAAGAUGCUGUGCACCAACGCUGAGGGAGCGUCACUGAGAGGCUGUAACUUUGAAGAUCCUGCAGGAAUCAAAGCCAACCUGGAGGGAGCCAACCUGAAGGGUGUGGACAUGGAGGGGAGCCAGAUGACGGGGAUCAACCUGAGGGUCGCCACGCUGAAAAACGCCAAACUGAAGAACUGUAACCUGAGAGGAGCGACGCUGGCGGGGACCGACCUGGAGAACUGUGACCUGUCAGGAUGUGACCUUCAGGAGGCGAACCUGAGAGGCUCCAAUGUGAAGGGCGCCAUCUUCGAGGAGAUGCUGACUCCACUGCACAUGUCUCAGAGUGUGCGGUAAAACAAAAACACCACCUUGAGUCCUCCACAUCGUGCUUUAAAUCACCACAUACACUCCCAGCGGAGAGGAGCUGACGAGUGUGUUUCAUGAUCCAACAAACGAGACGAAGUGCGAGUGAAUUGUGGGUUCACAAACAAAUAUGGUUUUGAACGAUCUCAUGGUGUCGCCUGAGGCCAGUCAGGAGUCGUAUCUGUUCGUGUAAACAUAAUUUUCUCACAAAUUGUUGUACACAUUUAUUAAUCUUGUCUUUUUUAUUGUUGUUUAUUCUUUUUUUCAAAAAUUAUUUUUCCGGCAUUUCUGCUUUUGUUAAAGGGAUAGUGCACCCAAAAAUGAAAUGACGGCGCCCCAGAUUCAAACGUCCAAAAACACAUAAUUGAAACCACAAAAUAUCUCCAUACUGCUCGUCCGUAGUGAUCCAAGUGUCCUGAAGCCCCGACAUAAAAAGUUGUUUGGAAAAACCUCAUUUGAACUCUCUGUGCACUGCACUUACGUGUGUGCGCUUGCGCAAGACCGUGAGACAUGGGCACCGCCUUCAUGUGUGUUCAUGUGCUUUCGCUGGUCUUGUGUGCAGUUGUGUUGCUACCUCCUCUCCCCUUGGAUCUCUGCAAGUGAUGUGAGGACUCUAAAACUUCACCUGAGCCUCCCUCGGCAUAUGGGUGAGUAGAUAAUGGUUGAAUUUUCAUUUUUGGGUGCACUAUCCCUUUAAGGCCAAAACACACCGCAGGCAAAUCACGUGCGUCAAAAAACACGGCCCUUAUUUUCAAGACAGCAGAGCACGUUGGCGCUCCUGGACACGCCACCCCACGGCACUUAACACCACUGUCCUAUUUCCAACCUCGCCGCCCCCCUAAUUACAUGCGUUAUUCGCCCCACUCACUCUCUGCUGCUCUUCUUCUCUGCUCCUAUAGCAGCUCGACUCCUCUCCCCACCACGGAUGUAAGAGAACUCUGUUGCUGUGUCUCAAACAACCCACAGUCCCGUCAUUGUAAAGACAGUGGUCAAAAAGAUACUUUCUGUGGUGUCACAUCUCUGGAGAUCGGCUCUUAGGUUAGAAAUCAAGUUUAAUUAUAGCUGCUGCGCAGCGAUGGGUCGGGUCCGGGCAUUUUUAGGCAAUUCUGAGCAACCUCUGGAACCUAAGACGGUCAUCUACCGCUCUGAGCUAAUUGGCAAGUAGCAACUCAACAGUGGCUUCACAAACUGAGUAAGCCAUUCACUGUUGUGUAGGAAAGCAGCCAUCCGUGCAUGGAAAGGCAGAUUUGAAACCACUGUAAAAAAUUCAGUUAUUAAGACAAAAAUCUGAAAAUACACAUAUUGCAUCUAGACAGCAUGGAGAUGUUGGUAAUUUGUUUGUAACAAUGAUUGAUUUGCUCCAUAAGUGAAAAACUGAUGUUUAAAAUUGCCAUUUUUACAUUGACUCCAAUUGUUCACAUUAGAGCAAAAUUCAAAAUGCUGUCAAAAAUUCAGUUUUUGAGAUAAAAUUCUGAAAUUUGCCACACAUCAUCUACCAUGACUCUAGAAUUUUGUCAUUUUUUUCAUGAACAUUGAAGAUUUAUUUAGCAAGAAUUUGCAUGUAUAUGUUUACAGUACCGUUUACAGUCAAACAUUUUGAUGCACUGUAGGCUCAAUUUUUGAUAAAUCAAAAAUCUGAGAAACAUAGUUUUUGUAGGACAGUCUGAAGAUGCUCUGUAGCAAGUUUGGUGUCAAUUGAGCAAAAAUUGUGGGAGGAGAUAGGUUUAAGAAGUUUUACAGUUUUUGAAAAAAACAGAGUGAUGAACUUCAUAAUUUUUAAUAGGUUUAAAUGUACAAAAGUUUCUUCAGUAUUGGGGCUACAGUUUGAUGAAAGUUGUGAAGUUGUAGCACGUAUGGUUGAUUUGUUAUGAAUUUUCAAAGUUUUGAACUUUAGACGCUUGCUGUAGCGCCACCAUCAGGACUAUUGGCUUGAGUUUACAGCUGAGGAUAUCUGGCAUGAGACUGGACCUUUGUGCAAAGUUUGGUGAGUUUUCACCCAUGGGAAGUAUGAUUUCCUAAGAAGAAGAAGAAUACCUAGGAUUACAACAGUGUCCUGGCAGCUUAGCUGCUCGGACCCUAAUUAGGGGCAGUCCACACUAACCUGGAAAUCCAGAUGAAUUCGAAUUUGCACUGUACAGGGAUCUGCCCCCGACGAGCAGAGCCCCCUGAAUCGCCAUCGGACCAAUCAGGUCAGUCUAUUGGACAGAGGCGGGCUCUGGGCGGGCGUAACAUGAUGAGGACAGCGCUGCACCGUAGGAAUUGAAAAGUAAACAGCCAAGAUGGCAGCUGCUGAAGGACCACGUCCAUUCAAUUUAGCUUGGAAGAAACACUAAGCCAACUACACUUAUCUUUUUCCUUGAGAGAGGAACAGAAGACUGCCCUAGACGCCUUCGCUUCCAGGAAGGACGUUUUUGCCGACGGGAUACGUCAAAAGCAUAAUAUAUCAGUUAGCCCCACUGGUCGGCAAACGGCAAAUGGGGCUUAGUGCAAUGAAUAUGUCACCUUGUUUUUGCUCUGAUUGGCCAUCGUGCUAUCCAAUUGCGUGCGGCGGCAUUUGAGAUGCCUCAGUUAGUGCCGCCUCUGGGUAGGAAGGGGGAAUCGUUGGCGAGGACACAGCCUUCGUACACAGGGUGUCCGCUCUCUGAGGUGAGCUAGUGAGCGCCCUUAUUAAUCUUGUUUUUAUUUUCUGGAUCAUGAAACACACUUGUCAGCAGUGUGCUCUCUGCACACACUCCUCUCUGAUGACGACCAGUGAAUGCCAAACUUUGUUUUUCGCUCUGAACCAAACGCCAUCAAGUGUCAAACUGCUUCGAUUUUCUGCACGUCUGUUUGUCUGCAGAGGUCGAAGCGUCGUGUGUAACAGAGUCACAAACAUGUCUGAGUGCACAGCGACGACAGGAAAGGGUUUUGUACAUUAACCAGGAAGUUAGUGACGCGCUUCUGAAUGUAGUUUUAGAUUGUUUAUAAAAAUAAUCUCUGUUCAACACAAGUUUCUGACACUCAUCACUUCUCUGAUGAGCCUUGUUUAAAUAUGGAAUCAGUGAAACACUGAAACGUCUGAAACACUGAAUGCUUCUUCAGCUUCAAGCUAAAAAUCUCUUUUAUAACUGCAGCGAGCAGCAAAUAUUAAAGUUGACUGUGGUGAGAUGACGGAGAGACGUUGUCACAAAGGGACCAGUUUAGUUUCUGAUUGUUUGUUUUGUAAUUUUUUGAAAUGCCUUUUUUUUGUGGCUCGAAUAAGUUUCAAAUAAAUGUUAAAGUUUUGUUAAAUAUUAUUUUGUUUUCAUAGAAACACUCUCCGUGGUUCAUUUUUUACAUUUUGAAACUUGUUAAUUUCCUUCAUCAUAUCAGCGCCUGCUGCCGGCGAGGGAACGGCUCAGUCACCACAAGAAAAUGUCGCCGCUGUACAUUUCUGCAAACCAUUAAAAUGUUCUAUUUGUACGUUUCAUAUGUAUCGUAUCAACGUUUGUGACGUGACGCAGUACAUGAGCUGACUGUCAUCUGUCCACAGUUUCCAGCAGCUUCUCCGCACCGUAAGAGGUAUUUUAAUCCAGUGGUUCCCAGCUGGAAGUCACAGGUCCACUCUGAGUGUCUCGCUAACGUGUCAAGCUUGUAAAAAACACACUUUAUUUCACAGUGAAUUUUGGGCACAGAGCUUUUAUUUAUUUUAUUGUGAAGUGCCAUUUCCUGCUGUAGCGUGACUGACUAACGCACAGCUGAUCUGCAUUAAAUAAACCUGUGAGUCAGAUGUUUAUUAGAAGAUCAUAGAAAUUAAUAUUUUGUGUGUGGUCGUGAUGGUGACUCAUUAAACUGCUGUUUUUACACAUGAUGUUCGGCGUGCCAACAGGACGUGUGUAUUUUAGUUAAUGUCAGACCCUACUGAACGGUGGCGUUCACAUACUGUGUGUGUGUGUGUGUGUGUUGUCUUUAAGUUAAGAGUCAACGCACAUUACGUGUUAACUGGUGUGAAAUGUGAAACCACCGAGGUGCUAAACCUGAACCGUCCUCUCUACUGUGCUGUGGUGACUUUAUCAUGUUCAAUAAAUGUUUUUCCUAAAACUUUCUUCUUCUCUUCUUUUGUAUUUUGUGUCGUGUUUAUUCACAUCAACAGAUUCUGACACUUGCAAAACAUGAAGAGAGUAACCGUUAAUGGAGAACAAUUAAUUUUCACAUCAGAGCGACUGUAAGGGACAUUAAAUAAAUAUAUAUAAAAAUGCAAAUAUAAAUAAAUAGUCAGCGUAGUUAGAUAUUUAAAAAAAAAUACUUAAAAAAAAUAAAUGUGGAAUUAUGUUUAAAAAAAGAAAAACGUCUUUUAAAAAAGUCUGUUUAUUGGACUACUUUGACUCAUUUAUAUAUUUAUUGCCAAUUUAUUUAUUUCAGGAUU